AGGUGCAGGAGGGGCAACGAGCCCCGCAGUGACAGCAGGGGUGCACCAAUUUCUCUCCAUGCCCUCUCCCACCGCCGGCUCAAUUGGAAUAAGCCGCUGUCUCAGUGCUGACUGCUUGCUUGUGAAGUCCUCCCGUACUGGUCGGACAUUUCGUUGUGCGUGACGGGGAGGAUGCAUGCUGGAGUCCUGUGGUUGUGCUACCUGCUGGUGCUGUGCCCACCUCAGGUGGACGGCCAGUGGUGGAGGCUGUUUGUGCGGAAAGUAGAAACCACGGUACCCCCAGUGGCCGCCACCGAGGCCCCCACCACUGCUGGGAGGGAGCCUGCUGUGGCCACAACCAUGCGGGGGGACAUACUGACCACCGUACCAACCCCCCCUGAGGAAACAACCAGCAGCAAGCCCAGAGCUAGGAGGAGAGCACUAAAACUGUGGAAGAGUGAGCGAGGCUCCAAGUCUCACCUGGACCUGACUGAACUGAUUGGUGUGCCUCUCCCUCCAUCUGUCUCCUUCAUCUCUGGCUACGAGGGCCACCCCGCCUACAACUUUGGGCCCGGCGCGAACAUCGGCCGCCUGACCAAAACCUUUGUGCCGGACUCUUUCUUCCGGGACUUUGCCAUCAUUGUCACCAUCAAUGCCACCAAUGCCCGGGGCGGCGUGCUGUUUGCCAUCACCGAUGCCCAGCAGCGUGUGGUGCAGCUGGGCUUGGGCCUCACCCCAGUGGAGGACAAGACCCAGAGUAUCGUGCUCUACUACAGCGACCUGGGGGCCUCGCACACACAGCAGGUGGCAUCCUUCAAAGUACCCGACAUGUUCUACAAGUGGACGCGCUUCACGCUGACCGUGCAGGACCAAGAGGUGCGCCUCUACAUGGACUGCGAGGAGUUCCACGUGGCCACCUUCCACCGGGGCCCAGAGCCGCUCCGCUUUGAGCCCAGCUCCGGCAUCUUUGUGGGCAACGCUGGCAGCACAGGCCUGGAGAAGUUUAUGGGCUCCAUCCAGCAGCUGGUGAUUAAGCCGGACCCCCGAGCAGUAGAGGAGCAGUGUGAGGAGGACGACCCUUACGUGUCUGGUGAUGGCAGUGGUUUUGAUGGUCUUGACGACAGAGAGGGUGAAGAAGAAAUGCUGAAGAGAGUGGAAGAGGAGCAGAAGCACACUUCCUCCAUGACACAAGCGCCUGUGCUGGCCCCUCCAACAGUGGCCCCAGCAGUGGAGGACGAUGAGCUGUCUGGCCACCUCGUCCCCACAGAGGAGACCUACCCCACACGGGAGGUGCUCCUGAGAGGGCAUGAUGCUGAAGAACUUGGAGAACGGUCAGGUGAUGGCCCAAUUGGCCAAGGACCCAAAGGGGAGCGUGGGGACCCAGGUCCUCCUGGCCGUCCUGGUGCUCCUGGGCCUCCUGGCUCUACCAGCGCCCCAAGAGCAGGAGCAUCACCGCAGCAGCCUGGACCAAGAGGACCCCAAGGCCCAGCUGGAGUCCCGGGACCAUCAGGAAAGCCUGGGAGGGAUGGAUUGCCUGGUCGCAAAGGACAAGAUGGAUUGCCGGGCCUGAGGGGACCAGCCGGGUUUCCAGGAUUACCUGGGGAAGUCGGAGCCAAGGGGGACAAGGGUGAUCGUGGUGUGGGUUUGUAUGGACCACCCGGGCCACCCGGGCCACCAGGACCCCCCGGUCAACCAGUGCUAACCAGGACAUCUCAAUAUCCGGAUGCUAUUGAUGCAUAUGGCUCUGGGUUUGGAGACUUUGACAGUGAUACAGAAAUCAUCCGAGGUCCACCUGGGCCUCCUGGCCCACCAGGCCCUCCAGGUCCCCCAGGCACCCGUGGCCCAUUCACCCCAUCUGAAAGCCUUCUGCCUGGGCCACCUGGCCUUCCUGGAAAGGAAGGGCCCAUGGGUAAGCCGAGCCUGGUGUUUGAGGAGGAGUGGUUUAGUGGCUCUGGGUCAGACUCUGGGUUCGGCUCAGGGUUCUCGUCUGGCUUUGGUUCCGGAUUUGGUUCUGGGUUUGAUUCAGGAGAGGUAUCACCCUGGCUCUCUAAGGGCACUGCUGGUUAUGAUGGCUUCCCUGGCCCACGUGGUCCUAAAGGGCUAAAGGGAGAUCAAGGAUUGCCAGGACUUCCUGGAUCAAAGGGUGACCCUGGUGAAUCUGGUGCAACUGGCUCACCAGGGCCAAUUGGGCCGAUGGGAGCUACCGGCCCACAGGGUCCCCCAGGUCCACCUGGUCCCCCCGGACCCUCAGGAAGUGGCUUUUCACUUGAGGAUCUGGAAGGUUCAGCAAAUGGAGGCUUCCUUGGCAAAGGAGUUUUGAGGGGACCCCAGGGUCAUCCUGGUCUUGCAGGUCCUCCAGGGCCACAGGGUCUACCUGGGCCAGUUGGACCACCUGGUUUGUCUAUAAAGGGAGAUCGCGGAGCACCAGGUCCAGAUGGCGAGUCUGGGGUAGCUGGCCUUCCCGGCAUGCGGGGGGUUAAAGGAGAUAAAGGAAGCCCAGGACCAAAGGGGGAACCAGGCCAAGAUGGACAGAGUUUCACGGGUCCUCCAGGGCUCCCUGGCCCUCCAGGGCCCACCAUCAGCCUUCAGGACCUCCUGCUAAACGACACAAAGGGCAUAUUUAACAUCUCAGAGAUCCGCGGACCCCCAGGGCCCAGGGGUCCUGAGGGUUUGCCUGGCAAAGCCGGAUUCCCUGGACCGAGGGGACCAAAGGGGGAUGUUGGAUUGGUUGGUGUCCAAGGACCCCCAGGUCUGAAGGGUGAGAAGGGGGAGCCCGGGGUCACCAUCGCCGCAGAUGGCUCUCUAAUGACAGGCAUGAGAGGCCCCAGAGGCCCAAAGGGAAUCAAGGGUGAGCGUGGCCUGCCGGGAGAAGGUGGGAUCAUGGGACCUAUUGGACCACCUGGGCCAAAGGGCGAGUUUGGGAUUCCUGGUCGACCGGGUCGUCCUGGAAUGGUUGGAUUAAAAGGAGAAAAGGGGGAUGCUGUUGCCCUCGUUGGUCUGCCAGGCCCCCCUGGUCCCCCAGGAACUCCUGGACUGCCCGGGCGCGUCCUGGGCCUUAAUGGGACAGUCUUUCCAGUCCCUCGUAGACCACACUGCAAAAGACCAGUUGGCACCAGUAUGGAGGCAGUAUUAGGGGCGGGGCCCAAGGGAGAGAAGGGGGAAAUGGGCGUGGCAGGAACUCCAGGUACUCCCAUACCAGAUUACAUGCUCAUGAAAGGAAUUGUGGGUGAGAAAGGUGACAUCGGCAACACAGGUCAGAAAGGAGACAAAGGUGAGCCUGGUCCCCCAGGGCCCUCUGGACCACCGGGCAGAUCUGGGCUUGUGGGACCCAAAGGAGAUACCAUUGUUGGCCCCCCAGGUCACCCAGGUGCCCCUGGCCGGCCUGGUCAGCCUGGGUUUGGGAGGCAGGGUAGGCCAGGCCCCCCUGGUCCAUCUGGACCUCCUGGAUCUCCUUCAGUCUAUGGCUCAGCUGUCAGCAUCCCUGGUCCACCUGGACCUCCCGGACUUCCAGGGAGCCCUGGCUAUGGAGCGGCUGUGACGGUGUACAAAACUGGCCAGGCGCUGCUGAGGGAGACUCAUCGAGCGGCCGAGGGUGCCAUGGCUUACAUCUCGGACAAGGGCGAGCUUUACAUCAGAGCCCAGGGUGGCUGGAGGAAGAUACAGCUUGGCGAGCUCAUCCCCAUCCCCACAGACAGUCACACGGCCGCCGUGUCUCACGGCCUGAGCAGACCCGGCGACCGCAGCACACCCAGGCUACACAGCCAGGAGCUGACAAGCUACCUGCCAAGUCCCAAUGUUCUCCCACACACGGCGUACUCUGUUCCUGGGCUGCGACUGGUGGCUCUAAAUGCGCCGGCCAUGGGAAACAUGCGUGGCAUCCGGGGAGCGGACUUCCAGUGCUACCAGCAGGCCCGCGCUCAGGGCCUGACCUCCACCUACCGGGCCUUCCUCUCCUCACAUCUGCAGGACCUGGCCACCAUCGUCAGGAAGACUGACCGCUCCAAUAUGCCCGUGGUCAACCUCAAGGGGGAGAUCUUAUUCAACAGCUGGCUGUCCAUGUUCUCUGGAGACGGGGCCGUGUAUAAUCCACAGAUCCCUAUCUACUCCUUUGAUGGACGCGAUGUCAUGACAGAUCAGUCUUGGCCUCAUAAGCUGGUGUGGCACGGCUCCAGUACGGUGGGCAUCCGCAUGACCACUAACUACUGUGAGGCGUGGCGUGCGGGCGACGUGGCCGUGACGGGCCAGGCUUCGCUGCUUCAGACCGGCCGGCUGCUGGGCCAACACACCCGCAGUUGCUCCAACCACUUCAUCGUGCUCUGCAUUGAAAACAGCUACAUUCGCGACCCCCGGCGGAACUAAGGACCCUGACUACACCCCCCCCCCACACACACACACACACACUCUCACCUAAGUGCGUUUAUGUCUCUUCCUGGUUUCUUGUGUCCCUCCCACCAUCUCUGAAUCACUCCCUCUCAGAGAGUAUACAGUAGCUUCUGAGCUAAACUGCAGAGAACAUCAUUUAGCCUGUCCCACCCUCCUCCCCAGCCAGCCUUAAAUAACAGGUCCUCAGAGGAAGAUUCCAGAAGAAAAAUGGCACUGCUUCCCCCACCCGGUGAUUUUUUUAUUUUAUUUUUUGCCCUGAGGAGAAAAGAGGUGUAAAUAUGUGUAAAUUGCUUCCUGACACCACACCAUCCAUCCAUAACACACAGUGGCCUGCUGACUGAUGGAAUGCCAAAGAAGUGAUACCUCAGCCAGAAAUCAAUCCACGUCGCCCCUGCCAGAUUCUGCCCACUCACUCGCUUACUGUAGUAAGGAUGCACUGAGGCUCUCAUUACAGAGACCAGCUCUCAGGGGAGCAGCCCAGCUAACGUCUUUUCCUUUAUUAGUCUGAGAGUAUAGUCUAGUGCAGUGUGAACUGCCUAUUCAACUGUAUUCCCUGUGUUGAUUCUACUGCCACGCUGGAAAAAAAUCACUGUCACAAUAACUUGGUGCAAACGCAUGUCAGUAUCUUAGAGUAAUCAAAUGCUUGAAAUGUUGUUGGGUUUUUUUGUUUUGUUUUUUUCAAAGAGGAAACCAAGUGUUUCCUAAUCAGGUUUGAAGUCAUUUAGUUGCACUGUUGUGUUUUUAUUUUGUCUUUAUUCCACACUUGUGAUGGCUUUGUGUCUUGGUCUAUGUUUUCUCAAAAGUCUCUGUUGCAAGCAACACAGCAUCAUAGUAUUUAAAUUCAAUUCCUUUUGUCCUUAUUGUUGUUAUUUAUAUUGUAACAGCACAUCGUCAUAAAAUCUAGACACACUGAGUUGAGAUUUCCGCUCUCUUAAACAAACUGACAUGGUUCAUCCCAUAUUGUUAGUGUGGUUCAAACAGUUUUGGUAGAAUAUGGUGCUCUUUGAUAUAAAAGUCUUUAGAACAUGUCCAGAGAACACAUUUGAAAAACUUUGAUUUGAGGAGUGAAUCUGUAGCUUUUAGUCAAGAACUGAUUGACUUUGUCACAAAUGCAAUAAAUAUGAGCAACAUGAUAGUAUGUGCAUUUGACAGGUGCUCACUGAAUAAAUGUUUUCUUUUGUAAAAA